AUGAUGUGGUUUGCUCUUUUUACAGCCCUCGCUGGUUGUGCCAGCACCUAUGCUGACCUUAAACAGCAUGUAUACCGCAACCGAGAUGAACCCUCUGGCGUCACGAAGCGUGGUGGCCUUGCAGAAUCGCUGCCGUUUUACCCGUCGCCAUGGAUGAAUCCAAGUGCUGAUGGCUGGACGGAAGCAUACGUCAAGGCUAGGGAUUUUGUGUCGCAGAUGACUCUCCUGGAAAAGGUCAAUUUGACGACAGGAGUAGGAUGGGAGGGCGAGCAAUGCGUCGGCCAGGUCGGUUCUGUUCCCCGCCUGGGGCUCACCUCGUUCUGCAUGCAGGACUCACCCGUUGGCGUGCGUGAUACGGACUACAACUCAGUCUUCACGUCGGGCCAGACCGCUGCAGCCACCUUCGACCGCCAACUCUUGUACGCCCGUGGAUUGGCCAUGGGUCAGGAGCACCGUGGCAAGGGCGUCACCGUGCAGCUGGGUCCUGUUGCUGGACCAAUUGGUCGAUCUCCUGAGGGCGGCCGCAAUUGGGAGGGAUUCUCUCCCGACCCAGUACUGACCGGCAUUAGCAUUGCUGAGACUAUCCGUGGAAUUCAAGACGCUGGAGUUAUAGCCUGUGCGAAGCAUUUUAUCGGAAACGAGCAGGAACAUUUCCGCCAGGCAGGCGAGGCGCUGGGCUUUGGAUACAAUAUCGCCGAAUCGGUUUCAUCCAACAUAGACGACGUUACGAUGCACGAGCUUUAUCUUUGGCCGUUUGCGGAUGCGGUGCGGGCGGGCGUCGGAUCGUUCAUGUGCUCCUACAACCAGGUCAACAACUCAUACAGUUGCCAAAACUCCAAGCUUCUCAACAACUUGCUGAAGGGCGAGCUUGGCUUCCAGGGAUUUGUCAUGUCAGACUGGCAAGCUCAGCAUUCUGGUGCGGCGAGCGCCCUGGCUGGUCUAGACAUGACAAUGCCCGGCGACACAGAAUUCAACAGUGGCUAUAGCUUCUGGGGAGCCAAUCUGACUUUGGCUGUGAUAAAUGGCACCCUGCCAGAAUGGCGUAUUGACGACAUGGCCACGCGAAUCAUGGCUGCGUUCUUCAAGGUGGGCAAUACUGUCGGAGGACAGAUUCCCAUUAAUUUCGACUCCUGGACGCUCGACACAUACGGACCAAUCCAUUAUGCUGCGGGCGUCGGCCACGGGCAGAUUAACCACCACGUUGAUGUCCGAGGAGAUCACGGGACACUGAUUCGGGAAAUUGCUGCGAAAGGAACGGUCUUGCUCAAAAACACCAACGGCGCGCUACCGCUGAACAAACCGCACUUUCUGGCGGUUAUCGGCGACGAUGCCGGCUCCAAUUUGGCGGGUCCCAAUGGCUGUUCCGACCGAGGAUGUGAUAACGGAACGUUGGGAAUGGCCUGGGGCUCUGGGUCGGCAAACUUUCCGUAUUUGGUCACACCUGAUGCCGCUCUGCAGGCCCAGGCGCUGAAGGAUGGCAGCAUGUACCAGAGCAUACUGUCCAACUACCAGACAUCUGCCAUACAGGACUUGGUGUCGCAGGAUGGUGUCACCAGCCUCGUGUUUGUCAACGCGGACUCGGGCGAGGGGUACAUCGAAGUGGAUGGCAAUGUGGGUGACCGCCUUAACCUGACGCUGUGGCAUGACGGGGACUCCUUGAUUGAGAAGGUCAGCAGUCUGUGUAACAACACGAUCGUCGUCAUUCACUCUACGGGCCCCGUGCUAGUGGGUGACUGGUACAGCAAACCCAAUGUCACGGCCAUUGUAUGGGCAGGUGUUCCGGGGCAAGAGUCGGGAAAUUCGAUCGUGGACGUGCUGUACGGUGCAGUCAACCCAGCGGCACGGACGCCAUUUACAUGGGGAAAGACACGCGCAAGUUAUGGUACAGACGUACUGUACGAACCCAAUGCAGAUGUGCCACAGGUGGAUUUUGAAGAGGGCGUGGCCAUUGACUACCGACAUUUCGAUCGCACGAACCAAACUCCGAUUUUCGAGUUUGGCUUUGGCUUGAGCUACACCAGCUUUUCUUACUGCGACCUGACGGUGCUCAAGAACACAGGCGCUGCACCGUACAAGCCAACGCAGGGGUUUACGGGGGCAGCGCCUAGCCUAAACACAACCAGGGCGUCGACGAAUCUGAGCGACUACAUGUUCCCGAGCCAGUCAUUCCCGUACGUGUGGCAGUACAUAUACCCCUACUUCAACACAUCGUCGUCUGCGCAAGAGGCAUCGCAGGAUCCAGACUACGGGAAGACGGCAGACGAGUUCCUUCCAGCCCACGCCACGGACGGAUCUCCGCAGCCACUCCUUCGGGCCGCAAGUCAGAACACGCCGGGUGGCAACGAGGGCCUGUACGAGAUUCUGUACAAGGUGUCGGCACUGGUGACCAACACGGGUCCGGUGGCAGGCGACGAGGUGGUGCAGCUGUAUGUGUCGCUGGGAGGGCCAAACGACCCGCCGGUGGUGCUGCGCGGCUUUGAGCGGCUGCGAGAUCUGGGGGCUGGUCAGGCGGGCCUUUUCUCGGCUGAUAUUACGCGACGGGAUCUGAGCAACUGGGAUCCGGUGCUCCAGGACUGGGUGAUCAGCAACUACACGAAGACGGUGUAUGUGGGGUCCAGCAGCAGGAAGCUGCCGCUCAAGGCCAUACUGCUCUAG